CACUCCCACUAGGUCCCGCCCCCGCGCUCUGAUUGGCUGCCGCUCUGACAUUCCAUACUUUUUCCCAGACGUCGCCUAUAAAUAAUGCCCACUUUCAGCCGGACACUUCAGUAACUUCAACUCUCCGCGCUUCCCCGCCAAACACAGAUCCAGAAGAGGAGGAAAUGGGUCACGUGCUCCGCGCGGUCCUGCUGGGACUCUUGCUGACUUUGGCCAAGUCGUUUCCCGCCCAGGAAGAUGAGGAAGGCAAGAAGUGGGUCGUCAUCGUUGCUGGUUCUGCUUCUUGGUACAACUACAGACAUCAGGCCGACGCGUGCCACGCCUACCAGAUUGUCCACAAGAACGGCAUUCCAGAUGAGCAGAUCGUGGUCAUGAUGAUGGACGACUUGGCAAACUCCGACGAGAACCCCACCCCCGGUAUCAUCAUCAACAGGCCCAACGGCACCGACGUGUACAAGGGAGUCGUCAAGGACUACACUGCGGAAGCAGUGACUCCAGAGAACUUCCUGGCUGUACUUCGGGGUGAAGCUUCCAAGGUCAAAGGUGGCUCUGGUAAAGUGCUGGCGAGUGGUCCCAAAGAUCACGUGUUUGUUUACUUCACUGACCAUGGCGCACCUGGAAUUCUGGGUUUCCCCAACGGCGAGCUGCACGUCAAAGACCUCCAGGAUACGAUCAAGUACAUGCACGACAAUAAGAAGUACAAGAAGAUGGUGCUGUACAUUGAAGCCUGCGAAUCAGGAUCCAUGAUGAACCAUCUGCCGCAUGACAUCGAUGUUUACGCCACCACAGCAGCCAACUCUCACGAGUCGUCGUAUGCGUGCUACUUCGAUGCUGAGCGCGACACGUACCUGGGAGACUGGUACAGCGUCAACUGGAUGGAAGAUUCUGACACGGAGGAUCUGUCCAAGGAGACUCUGCUGAAGCAGUUCAAGAUUGUGAGGAGUCACACCAACAGCAGCCACGUGCAGCAGUUUGGAAACAAAACUUUGGCACACAUGAAGGUGGCGGCCUUCCAGGGCGAGCCCAAGACCGGGACCCCGCCCAAGCCCAGGGCCCCCCUGCCGCCCGUGGCCCACCUGGACCUGACGCCCAGCCCGGACGUUCCUCUGGCCAUCCUCAAGAGGAAGCUGAUGGCCUCCAAUGACAUCUUGGACGCCAGGAAGCUCUUGGCAGAAAUCGACUCUCACUUUAAGGUCCGAGAGAUGCUGGCGGCCAGCAUGCGACGCAUCGCCGAGGCGGUGACGGGCGACGCGGCGGAGGCGGAGCAAGUGAUCAACGAGAGACGAGAUCUGACCGAGCACGACUGCUACCGGACCAGCGUGGACCACUACAAGCACACCUGCUUCAACUGGAACAAAGCUGAGUACGAGUACGCGCUGAGACAUCUGUAUGCUCUCCUCAACUUGUGCGAGCGAGGAUACGCCGCCGCCAGCAUCCAGCUGGCCAUGGACUCCGUGUGUCACUUCAGCAAGUAACACCGACAGAUGAAAGCUGCUUCCUGGUAUGAUGCUGGACACUAUUAUUGCUUGUGAACUGAUUAACACUUUUUUUCUCCUUGAUGUUUUUUUUUUUUAAGAUGAAUUGCACUUUUCCCGUGUGAAUAACUUUUUAAUGAUCGCUGCUUUGGAUGUGUUUUUAUCAGCUUUUAUGUGAUAAUGCCUGAUUGUAAAAAGUCCAACAAAAACAAACUGAAUGUUUACCGAAGCAAACCUCCUUGAAUUAAAAUCUGUCAGACAAA